AUGUUCCGGAGAAUCAGCGUCCAAGCGGCCCGCGCGGUGGUGCAGGCGUCGAACGUUUCUUCCUCCUCCACCUCUUCUUUAAACAACGCGUUGAGACAUUCGAAUAAAAUCGGCUCGAACUCGUCGUUUCCCCAACACCACCAACAAAAAGCUGCCAUGGCGAUGAGCGCGGUCGAACUCUCCUCGUUGCUCGAACAAAGAAUCUCGAACCAUUACACGGAUUUGAACAUCGACGAAAUCGGGCGAGUGUUAUCCGUCGGGGACGGCAUCGCGCGCGUGUACGGGCUGAACAAAAUCCAAUCCGGCGAAAUGGUCGAAUUCGCCUCAGGGGUGAGAGGGAUGGCGUUGAACCUGGAAAACGACAACGUCGGCGUGGUGUGCUUCGGAUCGGACACGACGAUCAACGAAGGCGACAUCGUGAAGAGAACUGGGUCAAUUGUGGACGUUCCGGUUGGGAAAGGGAUGUUAGGGAGAGUCGUGGACGGUCUCGGGAACGCGAUCGACGGGAAAGGCGCGAUCGCGGAUGUGACGCAAAGACGCGUCGAGUUGAAAGCGCCGGGGAUCAUCGUGAGAAAGUCUGUGCACGAACCAAUGCAAACCGGGUUAAAAGCGGUGGAUUCGUUGGUGCCAGUUGGUAGAGGACAAAGAGAAUUGAUCAUCGGCGAUAGGCAAACUGGAAAGACGGCUAUUGCGAUUGAUACGAUCAUCAACCAAGCGAGCGUGAACAACGGCACGGACGAAAAGAAAAAGUUGUAUUGCGUGUACGUCGCGGUUGGCCAAAAGAGAUCCACGGUUGCGCAGUUGGUGAAGACUUUGAGCGAUAAAGAUGCGUUGAAGUACUCGAUUAUUGUCGCGGCGACGGCUUCUGAUCCGGCACCGUUGCAGUUUUUGGCGCCGUACUCCGGGUGCGCCAUGGCGGAAUACUUCCGCGAUAACGGCAUGCACGCGUUGAUCAUCUACGACGAUUUGUCCAAGCAAUCUGUCGCGUACAGACAAAUGAGUCUUUUGUUGAGAAGACCGCCAGGACGUGAGGCGUUCCCAGGGGAUGUCUUUUACUUGCACUCGCGUUUGUUAGAAAGAUCGGCGAAAAUGUCCGACGACGUCGGCGGAGGCUCCAUGACCGCGUUGCCGGUUGUCGAAACGCAAGGCGGCGACGUGUCGGCGUACAUUCCGACGAACGUCAUUUCCAUCACGGAUGGCCAAAUUUUCUUAGAAACCGAAUUGUUCUUCAAAGGUAUCCGACCGGCGAUUAACGUCGGUUUGUCCGUCUCCCGCGUCGGCUCCGCCGCGCAAAUGAAAGCCAUGAAACAAGUUUCCGGUUCUUUGAAGUUGGAAUUGGCGCAAUACAGAGAGGUUGCCGCGUUCGCGCAAUUCGGUUCCGAUUUGGAUGCCGCCACGCAAUAUUUGUUGAACAGAGGCGCGCGUUUGACCGAAGCCUUAAAGCAAGGCCAAUACGAACCGAUCCCGGUCCAAAACCAAGUCGUCUUCAUCUACGCCGCCACGAAGGGUUACUUAGAUAAGGUUCCGGUCAAAGACAUCGGCGCGUUCGAAGCCGGCUUGAUGAAACAAGUCGACGCCUCCAUCUUGGAAGCUAUCCGCACCGAAGGUGUCAUCUCCGACGCCACCGAUGCGAAGUUGAAGGAAUUGUGCGCCAAGUUCACCGAAGGCUUCUUGUCCGCGUAA